AUGAAUUUAAUAUAUUUAUUCGCGUUUGCCUUAGUGGGCCAAGCUAGAGCCCUUGUCGAACUAAAUUGCAGUGAUAACGCAACAUGUAUAGACUUUAUGACUAGAGAAUUCGUUAGGAGUAUAAGGCAGAGGAAAGCGGUGAAACUUUUUGACACAUUCACGAUAGAGCCAGUAGAAAUUGCAAGACAGGCGAGAAGCAAGGAUCCCCUAACGCGGUUACUCACGAGUCACGCGAUCAGCUUCGACUGGAACGAUUUUACCUUCAAAUUCUCGAACACGGAGGAUAAAAGUGACGCCUUAGACUUGGAGGUGUAUGAAAGCAGGACUGCUAAAGAUGUUUCGGAUGAAGCUCCGAAGAAAUCAAACAGCAAGGUGGAGGAAGAAGUACCACAGGACAAAACACCAAAACUAGUAGUUAAACGGCGACACAAACGGAAAGUCAUGCAAGCGGUGAUCCCUCUCUUAUUCGGAAUGAAGUCAGCCGCGAUCGCUAUCUUCUCGCUGGCGGUGGUAGCAGUCAUCACGAUCAAGGCAUUCCUGGCUAGCAAGCUAGCCCUGCUGGUGACUGUUGGGAUGGCUGCCAAGAAGUUGUAUGAGAAUUAUACCGGCGGCGCUGGUUUGCAAAAUCAUCCAUUCCUUUACUCGCAAUACCCAAUUGAUUUUCCGAGCGCCUCAUCGCACGCAUACUCUGUAAGCGGAAUGAGUCAACAGUUUGGUUCCAAUGAGAUGUACAGUCCAUCUGGACUGGGCUCACAGACACACACUCACGAAAUUCUGCAAUCGAACGACCCCAGUGCUCAGCAGUCGCAGCAGGCGCCAUCUGUGCUAGCUAACUCGACGCGAGCAGCAGAACGAUGGGAUGGGUACCGGAGACGUCCAAUUUUAUAUGGAAGCUCGCGCAGUACGUCAAAUUCCUAUUUGGCCUCGGACCACCGCCGCUAA